AGACAUACAUUUUUUACCAUCUUGGAUCUCUGGGAUUUAUUUAUGAAAAGGAAAUACCACAAGUUGUAUCAGUAAAAAUCCUAAUGAAGCAGCAGGGAAGACAGCAGACGAUGAAAUAAAACAGAGGCAGAGAAACAGAAAAGAGGAGGGGCGUAUACACUCAUUGCAUCAUUUAUUACUUUCAAGAACAGAUUUAUUAUCCACUGGAGAGUCACUGCUAGGUUGUAUAUAUUGGCGAAUGUGUGCUGGGCUGGACUCACAAAAGAAAAAGAGGGACAUCUGACAGAGAAGAGAUUUUCUCUUACGGCAUCUUCAACUGCUCAAACAACAUGUCUCAACAAGGUCAGGAAGAAGAUGAACAAAUGCAGCGUCCUGAGGUGAGCGACGAGGACCUGACCGACGCAAAGACCAAACUGGGUACAAGUGGGCCAGCAAAGAGCAAGACAUUUGAAGUGAUGGAGGAGUGCGAGAAAAUUGGUAAAGCUGCUCCCUCUGUGUUCAGUGGAGCGAGGUCAGGAGUGGAGACUGUUUUGAACGCACGCUCAGCUCGACCUAUCAAGAAGUAGCAGUGGACUUCCUGACCACGAUUGGACAGCGCUUGUUUCACCUAAUGGGUUUGGGAUCAGUUUUUUCCAUCUGUACUUAAGUCCAUGAAAAAACUCUGCCAAGCCAGUUUUGACUUUUUUUAAAAGAAAAUGUAGAGAAAUGUUCAACCCUUCUUGCUGCCUCUGUAACAGCAGCAUUUAUUCAUAGUUCCAGGUUAAGAGUAAUUAUAAAGAAACAAGCAAUAUUGAAAAAUUAAGAAAAAGAUUUGUCGUAACAAAUUCUGUCUCAUCCAUCCUGUUUCAUUGUGAGAAGUGCCAGUAAAAAAAGUAA